AUGUCGCAUUAUGAUCGAUACGAUCGACCACACGAUCGGUACGGUCCCUACGACCGCCCUGGCCCCUACCAGCCCCCGCCUGCUGAGCCUCAAGAUCGUCACCACUGGCGCAGUAGACACGAUGAUCCACAAUCUCCGAGGCGGCAGGAUGAGCAUGCUGUCAGGGAACAUCGGGAUCCUUACGCCGGCGUUCCUACGUCCAGAGCGGGCCAGGAUCCCUACCUAGACGCCGACAGAAGAUACAAUCCUUAUGGAGAUCCGGAGAGAAGGUACGAAGGUGACUACCGUUACCCGCCACCGCCAGCCUACGAUCCUUAUUAUGACCCAUACCGGCCGCACUACCCACCCCCUCCCGGAGCCUACGGAGGAGGAGCCUAUGGAGGAGGCUAUUACCCACCGCCUCCGGGCUAUGGCCACUACGGCCCACCACCUGCGGGCUAUGGCCCACCCCCUCCCGGCUACGGCUAUCCUCCUCCACACUAUCCCCCACCUCACUACCCUCCCCCACCAGCAAGCAGGAGCUACAGCCCCGAACGUCAGACUCAGCGGGAGCCCGCGAAACGUGGUGGCGGAAAGGGACAGAAGGGCAAAAAGGAGAACAACGCCGGCCCUCCCCGAGGGAAGCGAAAGCGGGAGGCCUCGCCGGAAAACCCCGUGGUGGAUGCGGCGGAAAUCCGGCUCAACCUCUCUGAGGUGUUGCCCAGAUUGGUCAAGGCAGCGCAGGAACAGGAAGGGAGUCGAUUCCUGCAGUGGAAGCUGAGCGGCAACUCCAGUGCCGAAGAGCGAGCGCAGAUCUUCGAAAGGGCGCUGCCGGACGUUGUACACUUGGCAAAUGAUGCGUUUGGGAACUUUGUGGUGCAGAAGUUGUUCGAGGUUGGGACGGAGGAGCAGCAGAGUGCUUUGGUCUCCCAAGUCAAGGGCAGCAUUCUGGAGCUCGCAAAGGACAAGUAUGGUUGCAGAGUAGUCCAGAAGAUGAUGGAGUCGUUACCCCAGCAGUUGAAGAUGGACAUUGCUUCCGAGAUCAUGGACAAUGUCAUAGAAUGCAUCGAGGACAUGAACGGCAAUCACGUCAUCCAGAAGGUUGUAGAGAACCUGGAUGAGGUUCAUUUCGUCAUUGCGGCUGUGUCGAAGAGCUCAGAGACAGCCGAGAGCAUGGCCUCGCACAUUUAUGGCUGUCGGAUCAUCCAGAGGCUCUUGGAGAACUGCCCACUGGACCGUCUCGAUGGAAUCUUAGACCCCAUCGUGAGUGCAGUGGGGAAGUUGUCAAAGGACAAGCAUGCCAAUUACGUGAUUCAAUGCAUUCUGGAGAAGGGGCGCUUCGAAGACAAGCGAAGUAUCGUGAAAGCGAUCAGCAAGAAUGUCCUUGAUUUCUCCAAGAACAAGGUCUCAAGCAACGUGGUCGAGAAGUGCCUCGAAGUGACCUCCGAUGGGCCCGCGGCAGAAAGCCUGGAGGAGGAGCGUGCGGCGCUCUACUCUGCCGUCUUGGGAUCUGCUGGAGACCAGCGAGCACCUAUAAACCAGCUCAUGACAGAUAAGUUUGGGAACUAUACGGCGCAGCGCAUCAUCCAAUACAGCCGUGGGGAGGACUGGCAGGAGCUGCGACGACGCAUCGAGGUGCUGGAGAAGGACCUGAAGCACUCCCCUACCGGUAGACACAUCCUGACAGCCUUGGAGAAGAAGAAGAAAGCUGAGGGGGAAUCGUGGUUGGAUGUACCGUCUGGUGUGGAGGUGAGCUUCACAUCACUUGAGGCGCAUUUCGCGGCCCAGUUGCAGCCCUUCUUCAUCGACAUCCUGGGCAUCCCACUCUUGAGCUCCGUUGAGGCCGGCGCUUCGACUGGGAGAUUUACCGGUCCGGGGCAAAUUAUACAACAUUUUUUGUAUACAAGAUAA